UCUUUGCGUGCUUUUCUUGUCACUACAUCCAAUCGCCAAGCAUCAGUCUCCAUGUAUACAUUCGUGUAACAUGUCUACUUCACAUGUUGAAACCCUGGAUGUAAAGAACUGGUUGACACAGCAGCAUAUUACUGUAUCAUUAGAAUGGGUUGAAGCUUGCAUUGCUUUCUUAAAACAAGAAUAUGCAGGUCAAUCUUUAUCAUUACAAGCAUUGAAAAAUUAUGUGUAUCAACAGUGGCUUACUGCAGAUUUGGAAGAAAUCGGUGUCUCGGCUCUUCCUAUAGAUUUAACUACAACUCAGAAAACAACAUUAAAUGGAUAUUUUGCUCUCCAGGUGGAUGGCAUCAGAGAUGUAGGAAAACCAGCAUAUGCUCAAUUAAAAGAAUUUGAAGGUAGUUUAAAUACUGAUUCUGAAUAUUCUUCAGCUCCAGCUGCUGCUGUUCCAGUGUGGGAAUCUAAACCAACAAGAAUGCUUAUGUUGAACUUAACAGAUGGAUGCACAACUAUUCAAGGAAUGGAGUAUAAAUCUAUUACUUCUCUUUCUCCAAACUUACCUGCAGGAAUAAAAGUUUUAAUUCAAGGGCCUGUAGAUUGUAGAUUUGGAAUAUUGCUGCUGACAGCAGAAAAAAUUAAAAUUUUAGGUGGAGAAGUAGAAAGUAAAUUGAAACGCUUUUCUCGUGAAAGCAUCUUAAGAGAAGUGCUGCAACUCCCUAUUGAUGAUGGCCUGGAAGCAUUAAACGCAAUAGGCAACGCUGAAUCAUCUGCCAGUGUUGGACAAAAUGCUGAUCAGUUUCAAAUGAAUAGUUCUCUUAAUUCUUAUACAUCACAGAUGCGUGAAUUUAAUCAUGCAAGAAACGUACAGGCAAGUACAGCAGCUGAAAAUAACAUAGAUCAUUUUGAAAGUGAUGAUGAUGACUUUGAUCAGUCUCUGGAUUAUGAAGUUAUUGAUGAGAUAGAGAAAAUAAACAGUCAGAGAGAAAAACCAAGCAUUGCCACAGUAAAGGAACCAUCUGAAGUUUGGCUAGAAGAUGAAGAUGAAGAUGUAGUUCAGGAAAUGAUGACAUAUCAAGAUGAAAAUCCAGGAUUUGAAAUGCCUUUUGAAAAUUUCAACGUGAGCGCAGAUAAAAGUGCGCAAAAAGAAAAGCCAUUUAUGUAUCUGUCCUCUGUUGCAAAUGAUCCUGAUUUAAAUUCCACUAUCACUGUAAAGGCUUUCAUUAUUAGAGUUUUAUCAAAAUUAGAAUGCACAGCUGAUAAAGGAUGGAGCCUUAGUGUAAAAAUAAAUGAUGGAACAUGUUCACUUGAUGUGAAUAUCCAUGAUAAGGUUUUAGAAGAUAUUAUCGGAAUACCUGCUUCAGAUGUGGUGAAAAUGCAGCUUGGUUCAUCAAAUGACGCUGAAAAAGCAAAAGUGCUGCAGGCCAUAUCAAAGUGCAAGUUGACUCUUCAGAAUUCUAACUGUCUCAUGGAUAUUAAAUUUGUACAUGGAGAGUUGCCAUGCCUAAUUAAAUGUACAUCUGUUAGUAAACUACACAUGCAGCAGCUUCUGCAAAGAGUUCGUUCCACAUUAUGACUUUGUAAGAAUGUAUUAUUUAUAAUACAGAAUAUAUAUAUAUAUAUAUAUAUAUAUAUAUAUAUAUA